GUCAAAAUGGCGAAGUAAUAUUUGUUUUUGUGUCAUCGCGAUGGUCGCUUAUUAACCCAAGUGAACAUUUUAAGGAAAUAUAUAGAUGUACCUAGUUUUAUAGGGAUUUAAUUACAUCAAAAGUCAAAUUAUUAAUUUGAUUAAUGAAAGUAUCGAAGUAAAGAUAAUGGCUACAAAAGCAAAAAUCAAGAAGAAAAAGAAGGAUAUUAUUCCAGAACUUCCGCUGGAUAAUAAAGAUGUAGAAAAUGAAGAGAAUACAGAUAAAAUGCCAGUUGUGGUCAAAAGUGCUGAUGAUUCAAACAUAAUUGAUAAUGUUAGUCAGGAAACGGUAAAAGACGAAGAAAUAAAAAUAGUGAACGAUGUUAAUAAAAAUGAUGACCCACAGAAGAAAAGAAAAGAUGGAAUGUAUGAGAAAAAAGACCAAGAGAAAGAUACAAGAUCUCAAAGUUCAUCAGUCUUAUCUCUAUCAUCACAGAAAGAGAGACGAAGUCCUUCACCAUUCCGCAGAAAUGUUGUAGAGCCAGCUCCUGAUGAUGGCACUAGUAAUAUGGGAAGCGCAGUUUCUCUUAGAUCAAAUAUUUCAGCUAAAGAGGCUUGGAGUGUGAAGAGUGAAGAUUUAUCAAUUUCAGCAAAGACUAAACGUCCAAAAUCCUCUUCUAGUACGUCAACAGUGAUCAGUAGAUUUGAUUCUAACAAAAAUAAGAACCGUGAUGACACAGUUAGCCUUAAAUCCAGAACAUCAAUAGAAAAUGAACAACAUCAGAAUGCUUAUAUUCCCUAUUUAUAUGCAAGAAACUGUAUUAAACAAAUAACUACAGAUAUGGAGUGUAUGAAAAUAAGCCACAUUCGUAUUGUACAUGAUAUUGAGAAUAAUUACAGAGCUAUUGAAGAUGAGACUCAGAGUCAGUUUAAUAUGUUUGUGCUGUGUUUGAAAAAAGAAUAUGUUGAGAAAGUUACAACUUUUAAACAGGUUAUAGAUGUCCACAGGAUUGAAUUAGAAAGUAAAGAAACUUACUGGAAGGAUGUUUUUAAGAGUCUGACAGAACGUAACAAUAAGAUACUGAAAGAUAAAAAAGUUUUACUACUCAAACACAAGAUGGAAAUUGAUCGACUUAUUAAAGAGAAGGAACAAAUGAAGACUGAUUUGAUAGCCACAGUAGAUAAAGCGUAUGCAUCAACAUCACAAGUUGAGAAAGAUUGUACUGAGAAAAUGGAGAAAGAAACAACUACAUAUAAGAGUUUAUUAGACAAGCUCGAAGAAGAGAAAAUGAAUCUUAAUAAAGAAUUGGAAAAAGAAAAGAAUGAAACGGAACGAUUAAAUGCAUUGUUAAGUGAAAAAGCAAUAGCAGUUGUAAAUGUUGAUUCUGAUACUGUUGAGAGUACUAAGUUACAGGGGGAUACAAAGAGUGAGAAGCAAACAUCAGUUGUCGCAGUGGCUUUAGGAAAAGAAGAACAACAACGAAUGGAAGAUGAACGUCAGUUGAUUUCAAAGGAAAGGACAGAUUGUCUUGAAGAGCGUCAGAAAAUGGAAAAAGAAAGACAAAUGUUUUCUGAUGAAAGGAAAACAUAUAUGGAAGAAAAAAUAAAUUUACAAGAACAAAUAACAGAACAUAAAAAGCUUUCUGCUGAAUGGGAAAUUAAAUAUGGUAGUUUAAAAACAUCUUUAGAAGACAGCCUUACUAUACAAGCUAAAUAUAAGGCUUUAGAGAACCAAUAUGCAGUAUUAUCAGCUAUUGUUGCUUCCAAUACAGAAUCUUCUAAACAAGCAGCAAAGGACAAUGAAGUAAAAACAAAAUUUGAGAAAGAUAUGAUGGACAGUGAAAAAAAGAGAUUAGAAGAUGAAAUUACAGAAUGGGAGAAAAAGUUUCAAGAAAAACACAACAGACCUCCAGAAGAGGGAGACAAACCUGAUUCUACUAAGGAACUGUAUACAUCUCUAGGAGAGGUAGAUAGUAUGGUAGAAGAUUUAAAACUAAAGAUAGAAACACUACAGAAAGUACAAAGUGGUAAUGUACCUGGUCCACCUGAAGUUAGUCCAGUACCACUAGUUAUUAAAGAACCUCAAGUUAAAACAAUUGAGGUAAUGGUUCCUGAUCCCAGUACUGUUGAAGCCUUGAAGAAAUGUCAGGAAGAACUGGAAUCUCUACAGGAUCAAAUAACAGCCCUACAACAAGAUAAAACUUACCUUAAUACCAAACUAUCAGAUGUUAAUACAGAUUUAUUAUCAAGUAAAACAAAGAUAAUUGAGCUAGAAACAGAAUUAGCCCUCUGUAAAGAUAAGCCAAUGUCAGUUGUAGCACCAUCAGAGCCUGAUGUUUCUGUAGAAGAAAAAGAAAAAUUAAAAAAGACUAUAGAAGACAAAAAUGAGGAAUUAGAAAGAUUAAGACAAGAGAAUCAUGAUAUGUUGAGAGAUAUGAAGAAAAUGAUGAAAAGAUAUAACAAGUUGGAAGAAAAGCUGAAAGAAAGUGCUUCUCAUGAAAUAAAUGCCCGUCUACUUCGAGUAGUGGCUGCAGUGGUUAAAGAUAUACAUAGAGAUGUACCUACAGCCAGCGAGAAAGUUAAUGAGCGUCUGUCUACUGUUAGUGCAGAUAAAAAUUUAUAUGAUGAAAAGAAAGAUCUAGAAAUACAAGCCUUAAAUAUCAUACAAACUGGUGUUAUUGAUACUAAUAAACUUGUCACAUCAGAUGUUAAAGAAGAUAAAGAAAUAGAAUUAAAUGAAAGGAUAAUAGAUCUGGAAUCAGAAAAUGAAGGAUUAAAGAAAGAAAAAGAGGGAAAUUUUGAGAAGAUUUUGGAAUUAGAAAAAGAGAUCUCUGAUAUGAAGAAUCAAGCACCACAGACUAUUCCUAUUCCAGAGACAUCAACAGAAGGUGGUGAAUUGACAGCUGAUUUAUUAACUGAAAGAACAGCUCAUGAUACUACUAAAACUGAACUAGAAGCUUUACAAAAACAGCUACUAAAUAUAAAAGAAGAGUUUAAUAAUGAGAAGAUAGAUUUAGAAACUCACUUUAACAGUAUUAAGAACACCUUAAAUGCUGAAAUUAAGGCUAAAGAAGAGGAAAUUAUUAAGUUAAAGAAACGUAAUGAAACACUAGAAAAGGAUAGACUAGCUAAUGUACCUAUAGAUUCAGCUAAAGAAAUCAAAUCACUUCAAAAGAAAAUUGCUACGUUAGAGAAAGAGAAGAUGGAAUUAGACAGUGUUAAAGUAACAUCGAAUAGUAAAAUUGGUGAACUUCAAACUAAACUAGAUCAAGCUAUUAAAAACUUAAAUGCACAGAAAACUUCAAACAAAGAUCUGGAGACUAAGAUUAAAGAAGUACGAAGUGAGAAAGAGAAAGCUGUAAAAGAAGUAACAGCACAACUGGAGAAAAAAGAAAAAGCGACUCUUGAGAGAACGAAAUCAUUUGUUGGUAAAGCACCACCAGAUGCAGCAACUAAAGCUCUUAAAGAGCAACUCAUGACGACUAAGCGUGAGAAUACGGAACUAAACAAUCGAAUUAAACAGUUAGAGAAAGAAAUAAGUAAAUCCAGUAAAAGUGAUGUUGAUACUGUUGCUAUUGAUAAACAAACUAAGCGCCAUGAGAAGAUCUUGAAAGAAUUAGAAAAGAAAUAUGAAAUGGAAAAAAGUAAAAAUGAGAGAAAUGUUGAAAAUAUCAAAGAAAAAGAGGAAGAAGUAAAAUCUUUGACCAAGGACUGUACUAUGAAGAAUACAGAAAUACAGAAACUUAAAAAUGAACUAGAUGCUCUUGGUAUAGCAGCUAAAGAAGGUGUUGAAGCUGCUGUUAAAGUUAAAUCUUUAGAAGCAGACAAUAAACACCUAAUCAGUGAGAACAAACUUUUAACCGAAAACUUUAACACUGAGAGAGUAUUACGUAAGAAGUAUUAUAACAUGGUUGAAGAUAUGAAAGGAAAGAUUAGAGUUUACUGUAGAGCUAGACCACUAAGUUCAUCAGAGAAAGAUAGGGGUAAUGUUAGUGUUAUAAAUUCACCAGAUGAAUAUUCAUUAAAUAUAACAACAAGUCGUGGGUUAAAAGAGUUUCAGUUCGAUCAGGUGUUUCUGGAAAACAGCUCACAAGAAAGGGUGUUUGAAGAUACUAAUAAUUUAAUCCAGUCAGCAGUAGAUGGAUAUAAUGUGUGUAUGUUUGCAUAUGGACAGACUGGCAGUGGUAAAACAUUUACAAUGAUUGGUGACAGAGAACAGAAUUAUCCUGGUAUUGCUCCAAGAGCUUUUCAGAGAAUAUUUGAACUUCGUGAAGAAAAUAAGAGUAAAUUUGAUCUGAAAGUAUCAGUAUAUAUGUUAGAGUUGUAUAAUGAGAAAUUGAUUGAUUUAUUUGCUAAACCUGGUAAUUAUGAUGAGGAUAGACUAGAUAUUAAGAAAGACAAGAAAGGAAUGGUAUUUAUUCAGGGUGCAGUUGUUAAAGAUGCCCAUAAUGAUCAAGAAUUGUUUGCAUUAUUUGAAGAAGGGUCCAAAAAUCGACAUACUGCUUCUACAAAGAUGAAUGCUGAAAGUUCUCGCUCACAUUUAGUUGUUGGUAUUGUAUUAGAAAGUACCAAUAAAAUUACUGGACAACUAAUGAAAGGAAAGUUAAGUUUAGUGGAUUUAGCUGGUAGUGAGAGAGUUGGUAAAACUGGUGCUACUGCUGAGCAACUGAAGGAAGCUAUGUCUAUCAACAAAUCUCUAUCAGCUUUAGGUGAUGUUAUAUCAGCAUUAAGUAGUGAACAGUCCUUUAUACCAUAUCGUAAUAAUAAACUCACUAUGUUGAUGCAAGAUUCCUUGGGAGGAAAUGCUAAAACCCUUAUGUUUGUCAAUAUAUCACCGGCAGAUUAUAAUCAAGAUGAAUCUGUUAUAUCUCUCACAUAUGCAUCUCGGGUUAAAUUGAUUACUAAUGAUGCAUCUAAGAAUGCAGACAACAAAGAAAUAGUUAGGCUGAAGGAUAUAAUUCAAAAAUUAAAACAUGGAGAAAAUGUUGAUGAGGAUUAAAACAAUAAAUACAUCUGUUCUAUCUUGACAGAUUUAAAAAAAAAAAACUUUUAUAAGGCCAUAAAAAAAAAUAUUCUGGUUCUCGGACAUUCCUUCCUAAAAAUCUGAUGGGAGAGGAAAUUUUUUGUUUUCAUGUUUUUAUUUUGUCAAAGUUCAAUAACAUUUAUCUUGAUUGUGGACUUUGAGGGUACGCCACAUUUCUUGAGUCAUUUCAAAAAUUUCAGUAACAUUUAUUUUUAUUUUUUUAAAUACCAGAAUAUUUUUUUAGUGUCGCUUAAAUCAUCUGUGUUUGUUGAGGUGUUUUUUUUUAGUUUUAGUUUUUUUUAGUUAUAGUUUUACUGAAAAAUAUUUACCAGUAAUAGAAACAUUCCAUAAUUCUUAGUUACAUGAUAAUUGUGAUACCAAUUAGUAUGUUGGUUUAUAUAUAUUUUUUUAUAUUACUACCUCGAGUUAAAUGAAAUCAAAACUUUUUUUUUUUAAAUGAAAUCAAAAUUAUUUUUUUUAAUUGAUCUUUACUAAUGUACAUUUCUGACUUAUUCAGGAAGAUUUAAUAUGCAAGACUAUUGGGAACAGUAAAAUUAACCCAAAGUGAUUUUCCAUUUUUGUUAUACAAUAUAGAUGUGGUGUGAAGAUAUAUUUUACAAUAUGUAGAAUUAAACAUGUUUAAUAUAUUCAUGUAUUCUACUUUUUUUUUGUGAAAAUAUUUAAUAUGGAUGAUCUGUGAUAAUUUUGUUUUAAUUUAUGGUUGUGAGCUUUAUUUUAUAUUGUUGAAAACUACCCAUGUGUAUUUAAUGUUUUUGUGUUAUUUUACCGUCCAUUUUUUUAUGCAUAAAUGACACACAUCUAUAUUUUUUUGUACACAACUAUAUUAUCAAAUGUGUUUUUUUUUUUUAAAACGAAAGAUACUCUAUUUAAGAUUUUGAUAAAGAGCUAACCGUUCUUGCUAUAGUAGCUCAAAAAUAGAUAAUGAAAAAUGUGUAUAUUGAAAAGUCUUGAUUAUCCAUUUGAUUUUUAAAUCUAAUCCAUUUAAAUCUCUGUCAUCUGAUAGGCUAGAAUUGUUAUAGGCUUGUCAUGUUAAUAAACGGCUAAAUAAUAGUUUAUUUAAUAUUGAAAUCCAAAAUAAAGACCUGCAAUAAGCAGAUUUAACUCUUACAUAAUGCAUCUUUAAUCAACCUCAUUUCUUCUGUUAGUUAAUACAUGAUAAAUUUUUCUCUGGAACAUUGCAAUAAAUCUAUGUAGAAAACAUUAUUUUGAUAUAUCUUUUAUCUUAUGUGCAAUCAAUUUAUCUGUAAUAAUUUGUUUACUUUUGGGCUGGACCCUAUUCUUGUGUGAUAAAGUAAUAUAUUCUAAUAAAAAUCAAAAAUUGUCUUUAUAAAUUAAUUGAAGUUGUGUCCACUAUCCACUACAAACACUUUUUGUGCGUUGAAUAAAAAAAAAAAAGCCAGCUAAAUGUGGAAAGAAAUAUAGCCAUAGACACCAGCUUAUAGGAAAGCUUUUUUGGACACAUAAUUGUCAUAGUGGUAUAUGAUUGAAAUUCUAACAUUGAUCAGUUGUUUUCCCUUUCUCCCACAUUAGUUUAACACCCCAGGAUUUGAGAAUCUGAAUAUAAUAUUAUACUCUUCAAAAAAAGUAGGGGAUAUUAAAAUGCAAAUACCUAUGCAGGUUGUGAUAUGAUAAAUAGUCAUGGACAUUUGACAUGCUUUGAGAGUUUGUUCACAGAUGAAGAACUUAUCCCCCCAACAGAAACACUGAGCUGCACAUGCGACACGCAAUAGCUGCAUACAUCUGUGAGGGGUUCAUUGUCAAAUUUGACACUUCAAGGAAGAGUUGAUGAAAACUGCCGCAUGCUGGUUUAUCCUAUCCAUUUUAGCAUUCCUAUCGGUUCUUGCAUAAGAUUUACUGUUUAGUGUAUCUUUGCUUUAGUGUGUUAUGUUUAAUUUGAUCGGGAGACCUGUUCGUCGACGUCAGCCUCAACCGACAACACUGCAAGAAUUGGCCGUGGCACUGCCCCAAAUCAUGAUUGGACGGUUGAUUAGGAGCAUGCCAUGACAAAUUGCUGAGGAUCGGUGGAGCAAUUACUCAUUAUUAAGACAAAAAUCAAAAACGUCAAUUUUCACUUUUGAGGUGUAUCCCAUUGCGAGUGAAAUGGGGCAGUCAGAUAAACCGCCCAUAUGAACUGUUUAUGUUCAUGUGUAGGCAAUUGGCCUGUUAAUAACAUACACUGGUUACCUCUAAUAAAAACAGCAAUGCAUUUCCGCAGUUUUGUAUUGUUUC